CCCUCUGCACUGGACUGGGAAUGUAUCGGACCGCACGGCUGCGCAUGUUGUCGGGUCUGAAACAUGGCAGCAAAGCUGGCUGGAACGGAUUGGAAAACACUAUGUCGAUUUCAGAAGGUCAUUUAGAAGUCGAUCAUUUACUCAUUUAUGCUCAUUUUGUUAAAUUCUGCUGUUUACCACCUGAAAUUUGUGGACUGGUGCAAAACAUAUUGAAGAACUGCGGUGCUACUGAUGGCACCAGAAUAACGGCCUAUAAUUUGUGAAAAUAGCGAGUUGGUGGUUGUCGAGGACUAAACAAACUGUGAGUUCGAAUGUGCUAGAUUCCGUGACUGGAAUCUAGUGUUGUAGAUGUCUGCCAAAUAUGCGCUCCAGUUUGUUUAUUCGCUCAUUUAUUCUAUUUUCUUUUUUAGCUGCAAAACAGAGUUAUCUUGGACUGCACUCCAUCAAACAUACCAUCACGAACUCCCGCAGUCCACCAAACAGAUAGCUCCCGACUUAAGAGAUCUAGACUCCUCAGGAGAGCUAGAUCCCGUCAGAGCCACACUCCUCAGGAGAGGUGGGCUCCUCAAACCAGGCUCCACAAGAGAGCUAGACGCCUCCCUGGUCGGGCAGGCACUGCAAAAGCCGACCGUCCGCUGUUACAGAGGGCAGUGGCGUGUUUGCACGCGCACGUGUGUGCAGUUGGCCCGGCGCGAGCGGCGCCGUUUCCCGGUUUCCGCGUGCGGCGUUGACACGGCCGUCCGACCGGUUUGGGAGCGCGCCGCUCAGCGCAGCCAGCCGCCAGACCGGAAGCGUCCACUUCCGUCAGCGACGGCGUCUCGUCAAGGCUUCGCCCAAUUCGACCCGUUCGGCCCAGCCGGUGCCCCUUGCGGACGGCUGUGGCACGAGCGGGAACGCCACAAAAGCGGGGGACCAGAAGUCCUUUGGAAAAAAUUAUUCCCCUGCACCAGCAUGGGUGUCGCAGCCGGGCUUCCACGGGGGGUUCGACAGUCCGGGUGUCUCCAGGGAGUGGGACGGUCCAGUUGUCACCAGAGAGUGGGACUGUCCGGUGUCACCAGGGAGUGGGACUGUCCGGGCGUCUCUAGGGAGUGGGACUGUCCGGGUGUCACCAGGGAGUGGGUCGGUCCAGAUGUCACCAGGGAGUGGGACGGUUCAGGUGUCACCAGGGAGUGGGACGGUCCGGGUGUCUCUAGGGAGUGGGACGGUCCGGGUGUCUCCAGGGAGUGGGACGGUCCGGGUGUCACCAGGGAGUGGGAGAGUCCAGGUGUCACCAGGGAGUGGGACAGUCCGGGUGUCGUACCGCAGGUCAGACCAGACGUGAAGCGUUUGUCAGCAGGCGCGUAUUUGCCAAGUGACUAAGUGUUUGUCAGCGUUUGUCAGCGUCUGUCAGGAGCGCAUACAUCCGUCUUCAGGACAUUCGCCGGGCUCCACUACAUCAACCGGUUUCGGGUUUUUUUCAGCCACACCGGUUCCCCUGCUCAUAAUAUUUUUUUAAGGAUUCCGGGCAUUGAAUCACAAACGGGUUUUGCACUUAUGUCAGUUCACUCUUUAGUGAAUCCUGCCGCAUAAAGCGGCAGAGCCGGCCCCGCUCAAAGGCCCCAGUCGGGCGCUAGGUCAGGACUCGACUGCGUCCACGUCAGCUGACCGCGUCCACGGCAGGUGACCGCGUCCACGUCAGCUGACCGCAUCCACGUCAGCUGACCGCAUCCACGGCAGGUGACCGCGUUCAAGUCAGCUGACCGCGUCCACGUCAGCUGACCGCGUCCACGCCGUCAGCUAACGAGUCCAGCUCUAGACGCACGCUCGCUGAAUUUGGCGCGGUCACGACGACCGACGAGCCAUCUAGCGGCGGCCGCCUCAUCUUGGCAUGACGGCCGCUUUUCAGCAGAGGGCGCCCGGUCACGCGCGAAAUAAUCAACACCACCGCCGCCGGCGGCGAGCUCAUUUAUCACGGGCGCAGCGCUGAGGCUUUCCCACCGGUCUGGGCACGAAACGACGCGUCUAUUCGUGCUGCUUUUGUCGCCAGCUACCGAUGCUUUGGCGGCGACUGAAGGUGGGGUCCAGACGCGCGGCAGCAUGUGCACAGACGCGGAAGGGUGGCAAAAUCUGGCGUGGCGAACCGGCGGGGACAAACAUCUUUCGACGUCAAAGUUUAGGAGUUCGCAUGCCAAUGUCCGUGCCAGCUGGCGAGGUCGACCACGGCUUCCUCGCCGGGCGUCUGCACAUGUUUACGAGUGAUUACAACCGUCAGUCGACUGGCAUUAACCUGACAUUACGAUGAUUGCUGUGUCGGGGGCAUGUUGUACAAUGUUGCGUGACCGUAUGUGUGAUUAAGGUCAGAAGCAUGAGUUCUGAGAACUGGUCGCUGACGGCACUAGCUUCCACGGCAGCAGCCGAGGUCCGGUGGUGAGCCCGGCACAUGACGCUCACGGGCGCCCUUAGCGGUCAGAGCAGUCGAGGGUCACCCCUGACCCUCGACUGCUGGGUGACAUGCGGGGUGGGGAAACAAGCUCAGCCGGCACCCUCCAUUUUCGGAACGUCUGUACAAACAAAGACGACACCUGGCACAACUGGUUUCCAUUUAUGAAGGCAGCUGCUUAGAGAAAAACGCAACUCACAAAAGGUAACUUGAAAAUCUGCAGAGCACCACCACACAUCACAAUUGUCAUAGAUUUUGAAAGGUAAAAGUAAGCACGUGACUCAUGCAUCUGGAAGAAAGCAUCAGAAUUCCUUUGCACACUGGACGCAUCCUCCCGCACCAAAGCCUACCAGAAACACGCUAUUAAUAUUCACAGGUUAAGCGUAACCAGCUAUGCCGAGGCCGCGCACAGCUACUACAUUAGUCCCAAGGGCACGUGUAUCUAUCGCAAGAGUAAGUUUGCUCUCAGUAUGGCGUAAUCUAACCAUUUUUUGCCAAGAUUACGCGACCGUCCUACGGCUCUCCAAGAAAUGUAGUUAUUUCCAUAUGCGACGCAUGGAAAACGUACGUAGCA